AUGAAGUGGGCAGGGACGGAUUUGCCACCUGCUCUCAUCACCGCCGUGCGAUCGGGGUUCGAUGUGUUUGUUCAGCUGCAGCGGGUGCGGUUUAGCAAAUACAUUGGUGGUGAGGCCUUCCAUCCUUCCGCGGAAGGGACGGAGUCUCGUGGGGCUGUUGGUGCUGCCAAGGCCGCCGCCGUCUCCUCCUCCUACCCGGAGACCGUGUGCAAGUGGUCGGAGCUCUUCCUUUCGCGCCUAAAGGCGAUCGGCGAGGAAGGGGUGGUGGACCCGACGGCGCAGGUGGUGUGGGAGCUCGUCUCCGUGGUGAUCGCCAUCCUUGAGGAAGGCGGUGGGGACGACGGCGUCAACGCAAGCGCGCCUUACUUGGAGUGGUACCGCGCCCGCUUCGUCGACGUGGGAGCGCUCUACCGGGUGCGGGACACACUCGACGCGGUGCGGCCGCGGGCCCCCCUCCCCCCUGCGGAGGAGGCUGACCUCUUCGACGCGCUCAUGGGGCCGUACAUGGUGUCCAUCCAGCGUGCCUUCCUCGCCGGUCUCUUCCCUGUCGCGGCGGACCUCAUCAAUUCACUCGUGGACUACCUGCGGUCGUGCGCAACGGACCCAUUUGACGCGGAGGAGGAGAGCGUCUUGACGGAUGUGAUCCGACUCCUGCUGGAGCCACCGGAGAACAGCAUUGAGCACAGAGAGUGGAUGAACACCGCAAACGGCCUCAUCAUGGACUCUAAGCGUAUCUUGACGGCAUCACACGACGAGUCCGGCAUGGCUGUACAGGCAGCGCAACAGCUGAGGUCGUUGUGCCUGGAUCUCCUCUUGAUGGCGAGUGGCGACGCGGCGUUGAUUCUGCAGAGCUGCCACCUUCUGGAGCUAGAUGUCAUAGACUAUGUUGCCGCUGUGUGUGCGGUGUGCGAGCCGUACAUGACGCUUCGUCAGGUGCACCACGUUUAUCAAAACGUGAUGGAGUCGUGGGAGGGCCCUGUGAAGGGGCCAUGGUAUGUCGGCGUCAUCGAGGGGGUGCUUGGCAGCCACUGUAUCGCCGAUCUCGUUGGCGCGAUGCGACUCGUGGGGGAGGCCGUUCGCCGCGACCAGUGCUUACCUAUGCGUCCUGGCGACGACAGUAACAUCGUCUCCUCCCCAUCGUACAGCGGCGACGAUGCGGACACCGAUGACGCUGAUAUCAACGAAGAACUUGACACAAAUGAAUCAAGACGCAAGCAGAGGUCACACAGUGACUCUCUUUUGUUUCGGCGCUUCGCACUGUUGUUCAUGGCGGCGCAUGUCGCAGACAUAUGUGCGCCACCGCUAGGCGCCGCGGUGAAUCAGAUCGAUGUCACGUUUACCCGAAAUGAGCUUGUUGAGGACUUUGUCUCCAUUUUUCGUCACCACCCGCUUCUCUGGCGAGUGGCGGCGACGUAUGUGGUGUACUCGCCCUUCAUGAACCCCGCCGUGCUAUACCGCAUCGUGACGGAGCGGGCACCGUGCGCGGUGAGCGAUCGCUACACCUUUCUGGCUCUUCACACCUUUAUUCACUCGUCGUGGGAAGAGAACAGCGCCUUCCAGGUGGCGCUGCGACGGCUGCUGCACGACAAGUACCCGUCAAGCGAGACUCUAAACAAGUGGAUUGCCUCUCUCGACUAUUACCGGCGCAAGGCGGUCGAGGUGCUGCAUGACAGAAUCAUUAGAGAGCGGCUUGCAUGCGGUGACACAGCGCCUGCCGUCUGGCUGGCGGUGGAGUGCCAGCAGUCCAAGUCGCUGCAGGUGCGCCUGGAGCAAAUCUUACGCUCCCCAGAGGCCCUCCAGAACGAGGAGGUGUACCGUGUGGGGGAGGCUGUGAACAACUCCUUCAUUUCGGUCGACACAAGCGCGAGCCUGCGCAUGCUUCAAGUGCUUCGCGUCUGCGCCGCGCUAUCGGAGUACUGUAGGGCGCGUGCUAGCCUGCAGGACUACAACACGCAGGCCGGCGCUGCGCCAGAUGAAGACGCCAUGCACUGGUUCCUGCGAGCCGCAGACAAGGCGCUGCGCUGCGCAGUGUCGUUCCGCAUGCACCCCGUUACGGUCCUUGACUUGGCGGAGCAGACGGCAGACGUCGCUCUACGACUCCCAAUGAGACAGCGUCCUCACACGCUCAUUGCGCUCUUGAGCCAUGCACUGGAGUUGGCACUGACUUGCUAUCCGACGACCCAGCCAAAGCACGCGGGGCAGGCGGCGGUGGUCCGUGAAAAGAUGAUGAAGUUGCUGUAG